CAUAUACAUCGAAGUUUUCCCAGUCUUUACGUAAAUUCCCCUCGAAGCAAUAUCCCUAGCUCGUACUACUCUCUUUCUCUCUUUCAUAUAUUUUCAUAACCACCCUCUCUUUCAUAUUCUUCCGACUCGAUCUCUCACACAGCACAAACAUGUCUCUAACCAGAAAUAUCACUGCAACUUUCUUCGUCUUCUUUCUCGUCAACCUCUCCUUCUUCACAUCCCCGUCAUCCUCCGCAACCGACACGUUCAUCUACGGCGGUUGCUCCCAGCUCAAGUUCCCCCCGGGCUCGCCCUACGAGAUGAAGCUCAACUCCAUAUUGGCCUCCGUGGUCAACUCGGCCAUGUUAACUACUUACAACAACUUCACGGUCCCCGGGUCGUCGGGCACCGCGGACACGCUCUAUGGCGUGUUUCAGUGCCGCGGCGACCUGAGCGGCAAUGACUGUGCGCAGUGCGUGGCACGCGCCAUCAGCCAGCUCGGCACGCUCUGCCUGGACGCGUGCGGCGGCGCGUUGCAGCUGGACGGGUGCUUCGUCAAGUACGACAACGCCACGUUCCUAGGGGUGGAGGACAAGACGGUGGUGAUGAAGAAGUGUGGGCCGUCGAUCGGGUAUGACUCGGAGGGGUUGACCAGGCGGGAUGCUGUGCUGGCUUAUCUCGGGACCAGUGAUGGGUCCUCCCGGCCGUUCAGGGUGAGUGGCGCCGGAAAUGUCCAGGGUGUGGCCCAGUGCGUCGGGGACUUGAGUCCGAGCGAGUGCCAGGAUUGUCUGUCCGACGCCGUAGGGCAGCUGAGGGCCGGGUGUGGGACCAGCACGUGGGGGGACUUGUUCUUGGCCAAGUGCUACGCGCGCUACUCGGAAGGUGGAUAUCACUCGCAGGGCCAUGAUCACAAUGACGACGACGACGACGACGAUCUUGAUAGGACGCUUGCAAUACUGAUUGGAAUCAUAGCAGCAGUUGCACUGCUCGUCGUAUUUCUUUCUUACUUCAGAAAAUAUUUGUGUGGAGAUGAGUGUGGAGAUGAAAAAGGUGGCAAAUAAGUUGAGGCUUGUGGAUAUUUCUGACAGUAGUACUGCAACUCUCACAAGUCCCUUCCUGGUGACUUACUUGGCUUUAGGUGCCAGCUUUUUUUUUUGUUAAUUCAAUUUUUAUUUUUCUCCCUCCAUAGCUCUUCUGAAGUCUCCUUUAUGUUUUCUGUAAAGAGCACAACAGUGAGGGUUAAUAGAAAAAGAUGUGUAUGGAUAGAAAAGCUACACAUAAAGCUAGCUACUUUGAAGCAAGUGUAAUGAAGCUUUCAAUAAGGAAAAAAAAACACACACAAAGAUUCCUACUAGAGCCCCAUUUCAAAUAAGUGCUUAGCAUUUUGUUAGCUUAAUUAGCUUGUUUACUAGUUCAUGUGUAUAAAGAGCAUAAUUAGCCUUCUGGGAAAAGGGCACUUUGUAAUGCUUUUUC